GUUAUAAAGUUUCUCAAUGCGUGAAUGAAGCGAACAGUUUGCAACAAGCAAUGAAUGAAUAAUAGUGUACCUGGCAUGGAAAAUAGCAAUCUUCCAACCUUACAAGCCGAAAACAGUGAAAAUCAUGACCGAAUAUAAGAUGGAAAUUUCGCAAAAUGCGGAGAAUGUACCAAUUAGCAUGGAUAUCAACACUGAUAAGAAGGAGAUGAUCAAUUUAAAAAAUGAUACGGAAGUCGUUUAUACGCCUACUACAAUGAGCGCUGAUUCAAAAUUUAAUGAUUUCCAAAGUUUGAAGCCAGACAAGCAAGUCGUACCUGGCAAUUCGUUUUUUCUAUAUCGAACAGCUUUUACUGGCAACCUGUUAGCCUUUACGGCAGGAAUUGGUUUUUCAUGGACCUCCCCAGUGCUUCCGAAGCUGCAUGGAGCCAACAGCCCUCUAAGCACGCCAAUAGACGCGUCGCAGGAGAGCUUGAUAGCUUCCAUACUAUGUGUAGGUGCUGCGAUAGGGCCUUUUCUUUUCGGCUACCUAGCGGAUAAAAUCGGCAGAAAAAAGACGCUGCUUUCCAUAGCUGUUCCUAUGAUAGUGGGAAUAACCACUCUAGCGUUUACUGAUCAGGUGAAGUUGUACUAUUUUGGCAGAUUGCUAUAUGGCAUAGGAAGCGGAGGAGUGUUUACAGUCCUCACAAUGUACACAGGAGAAAUUACCGCCGAUUACAAUAGGGGCAAGUUCAGUUGCAUCCUGGGCAUAUUCGUGGCUUUGGGGGUUCUUUAUCCGUUCUCAAUAGGCGGCUUUCUAUCCGUGCGGAUAUUCUGCUUGUCCUGCUUCCUUCCUCUGCAAGUUUUCCUCAUUUUCUUCACUCUUUACGCCCCCGAGAGCCCGUCAUACUUAGUGAGGACAAGCAGAUACGAUGAAGCCGAAACUGCGCUCAUCAACUUACAUUCCCUUACCAAAUGCCACGCUCGGGAUGAUGUUUCCGAGUUGCAACGCAUCCAGGACCUCCAGGCAAAGACCAAAGGAGGAGUUGCGGAAUUAUUCAAUUCGAAAGGAACGCGCAAAGCCUUUAUAAUUUCAGCUGGCCUGCUGAUUAUCCAGCAGUUUUCCGGAAUUAAUGCUGUGACUGGAUUUAUGGAGAACAUAUUCCGAGCAACUGGCAGCAGCAUUCCUCCUCAAGCUGCCACUACUUUAGUUGGAGUCAUUCAAGUUGUGACUGUUUUCAUCACAUCUUCCCUCAUAGAGAAGUUGGGUAGGAAGUUUCUUCUCAUGGCCUCCGCCAUGGGCGCUGCUGCUUCCAUCAUAUUGCUUGGUUUGUACUUUUUCCUCCACAAGCACGAGUUCAGGCUUCUAGAAUACUUCUGGUGGCUGCCCAUCUCCUGUCUGCUCCUCUACAUUGUUUCGUUCAAUCUGGGUCUGGGCCCAGUGCCGUGGACCGUGCUGAGCGAAAUAUUUCCAGAUAACGUAAAAUCCAGUGCUUCAGCCUUGAUAUCGUCCAUCUGCUUUGGAACAUCUUUUGUGGUCACUCUGGCAUUUCCGAUACUUAGCGAAAUGCUCGGCAUGGCCGAGUCGUUCUGGUUGUUUGGACUUUGCUGUAUUUUCGGAGCGGUUUUCGUGCGCUUCAUUGUCGUAGAAACGAAAGGAAGGAACCCGAUGCAAAUUCAGGAGAUACUGGGCGUUUAACAACGCCUCGAUCUGAUGAUGUGGAAAUUAAACGAGGUAUUUGCUAUG